CAAACGCAGAGAAAUAAUUUCACUUUGUAAAUAGCCUCGUCGACAAUCUCGCCCUUUACAUGUGAUUCUCUCUCUCUCUCUCUCUCUCUCUCUCUCUCUCUCUCUCUCUCUCCUUCAAGAAGUUGCAGUUGCAGAAGGAAGAUGGAGUAGCGUCUUCUCCAUCGGAUCUUCUUCUUCUUCUUUCAGUCACCGUGUUCGAGUUUCCAACUCUCACCGGAGAGAUCUCAUCGUUCUUUCGUUCGUUUGAGGAAUGAGGAUCGCCGCGGCGGCUUCCAAGCCUGUCAAUCCUCUUUCCGCUUUCGAGCACAAGAGGGAUGCAUAUGGAUUUGCUGUGAGACCUCAGCAUGUGCAAAGAUACCGAGAGUAUGCUAAUAUCUACAAGGAGGAAGAAGAAGAAAGGUCAGAGAGGUGGAACAAUUUCUUGGAACUUCAUGCAGAAUCAGCUGAGUCUCCUGCAGACGGAUCACCUAGAAAUAGCCAUGGACCGCUAGAGGGUGAGUUAGAUAAGGAUGCUGAAGGAGAAUGCCUGCAUACUGAUAAGUCUGGAAAUGGAAGCGAAGAGAAUGCAUACCCCAAUGCAGAGAAAACUGUGCAUAGGGUUCAAUUAUGGACUGAGAUAAGACCAUCUCUGCGAGCAGUUGAGGAGUUGAUGAGUGUACGUGUCAAAAAGAAGGGUGAUUCAUUAAAAGGGGAGCUAGAAACUCAAAAGGUGAAAUCUUCGCCUCCAUCAGAUGAUACCAAAUUUUCCAAGGGAGCAUCUGAGAAUGAUUCCGAAGAUGAGUUUUAUGACGUGGAGAGAUCAGAUCCAAUCCAAGAUGGUUCUUCUUCAGAUACAAGUAUCUCCAGCAUGUCUGUUGUUGCAGAGGCAACUACCCCAGUAGCUACACAUCCCUGGAAAGAAGAACUUGAAGUUCUCGUUCGUGGAGGUGUUCCAAUGGCUCUUAGGGGUGAGCUCUGGCAAGCAUUUGUAGGUGUGAGGAAACGACGGACCGAGAAUUAUUACCAGAAUCUGCUUGCUGCUGAUAGUCCAGGAUGCAAUGGAGAACAGGAACAUGUGCAGCAUGCCAAUGAUAAAGGUUCAAGAAUGGACUCCAUUGUUGCCGUGGAAAAAUGGAAAGGACAGAUAGAGAAGGAUUUGCCUCGAACAUUUCCAGGUCACCCUGCCCUAGAUGAUGAUGGAAGAAAUGCUUUGCGGCGAUUACUUACUGCGUAUGCUCGACAUAAUCCUUCUGUUGGGUACUGUCAGGCCAUGAAUUUCUUUGCUGCACUUUUAUUGCUUCUGAUGCCUGAAGAGAAUGCUUUUUGGGCACUGACAGGAAUCAUUGAUGACUACUUCAAUGGUUAUUAUUCAGAAGAAAUGAUCGAGUGUCAGGUUGAUCAACUAGUUCUGGAGGAGUUGAUUCGCGAGAGAUUUCCUAAAUUGGUGAAUCAUCUAGAUUAUCUGGGAGUGCAAGUGGCAUGGGUUUCAGGGCCAUGGUUUCUUUCUAUCUUCAUGAACAUGCUUCCAUGGGAAAGUGUUCUUAGAGUGUGGGACGUGCUUCUCUUUGAAGGAAAUCGUGUUACGCUUUUUAGGACGGCACUCGCCUUGAUGGAACUAUAUGGUCCUGCUUUAGUUACAACGAAGGAUGCUGGAGAUGCUGUUACUUUGUUACAGUCAUUGGCGGGUUCAACUUUUGAUAGCAGCCAACUUGUUUUGACAGCUUGCAUGGGUUACCAGAAUGUACAGGAAAGUAGACUGCAGGAAUUGAGGAACAAGCACAGGCCAUCUGUGAUAAUUGCACUUGAGGAAAGAACAAAGGGGCUUCAAGCCUGGAGGGAUUCUAAGGGUCUUGCUUCAAAACUAUAUAGUUUUAAGCAAGACCCGAAAUCCGUUUUGGUGGAUUCUAGCAAAACCUCGCUGACAGAUGGGGUCUUGUCUCGUUCAGAGUCUGGAUCUAGUAAUGCGGAUGAAAUCUUAGUCGGUCUGACUGGAGAUGGGGAAGUGGACUCAGUUCAAGAUCUUCAACCGCAGGUUCUCUGGUUGAAGGCCGAACUCUGCAAGUUGUUUGAGGAGAAAACAUCAGCUAUCCUAAGAGCGGAAGAGUUGGAGAUUGCUCUCAUGGAGAUGGUCAAACAGGACAAUCGACUUCAGUUGUGCGCAAAUGUUGAGCAGCUAGAGCAAGAAUUGACUGAGCUCCGGAGACUCCUUUCUGAUAAACAGGAGCAAGAAAGUGCUAUGCUUCAGGUGUUGAUGCGGGUGGAGCAAGAACAGAAAGUAACAGAAGAUGCUCGUAGAUUUGCUGAGCAAGACGCUGCUGCCCAGAGAUACGCUGCUCAAGUGCUUCAGGAAAAAUACGAAGAGGCUGUAGCUGCUCUCGCUGAAAUGGAGAAGAGAGCAGUGAUGGCUGAAUCCAUGUUGGAGGCGACGUUGCAGUAUCAAUCUGGUCAGCUCAAAGCGCAACCUUCCCCUAGGGAUGAAAAAACUUUUUUCAGGGGGAUGAAUCCGGAUUCACCUGCCAGGAACAACCAUGAUCAGUCACAAGAACCACCUCAAAGGAAGAUAAGCUUGCUAUCAUUCGGACUAGGAGGGUGGCGUGAAAAGAACAAGUCGCAAAAUUCGACUCGCGAGAAGCAUACUUCGGAGGAGCAGCCGAACGAAGGGAAGUCGCCAUCCACAACAGAGGGACAAAACGCAGAAACAGAAACCAAACAGGAGAAGCAAACAAACGAAGCCCAACCAUAAGAAACUCCGCAGGUAUAUUCUUCUUGAUAAAAACCAUUCUUUCUCUGAUUCAGCAGCACAAAGCCUCUCUCUUCAUCACGGUUCAUUUUGUUACAGAUUAGAUUUUGUACCUAUACAAUGUUUUAUAUAUAUAUAUAUAUAUAUUAAUUCUGUCGUUGGUUGGUUGCAAUAAUACAUUUUUUGUAAUAUGUGGAUAUUGGAGAAUGGUAUUAGUAUAUCUUGCUUGUACUUGCUAA